AUGACUUCAUCGGAGUUUAUGAACGAUUAUCGAAGGAUGCUGCUUGCUUUGCCAACUUCACGUAGGGUCAAACAUGAGGCAAUCUCCUCAGAGAGUCGUCCGAGCUAUAGCGAAGAAAGGCGCGCAAGCCAAAUUUUCUACUUAAUUGAUUCCUUGGCCCACAGAGCAGAUCCAAGGAGGUUCAAAAGCAUAGGAGACUUGAAAAGAUAUUAUGGCGAUCGAGUCGAUAUCGCGCUUGGUGAGCUGCAGGAUGUUGGAGAGACAUACGAAACUGGAAGAUUACAGCGUCGUGUAUGGGCUGAGAAAAUGCAGUCAAAGCAAAUGCGGCAUUUUUUCGAGGAUGAGUUCAAUGAGGGAUGGUAUCAACCAAUCAUUCACGAUAUAGAGCACUCUCUCCACAAAGUGAUAACGGAAAUCGAAAAAGAAAACUGGCCGAAAUUCCAAAGCUAUGUAGCAAAUGGUAGUGGCAUUAAGACUGGAGCACUCCUCUUUUUCGACUCGGUCACUAAGGAAAAUCAGAAGAAGUUCGAGGAAAUCAUCAACGACAUGUACAACUGCACAACUGGGGAUGUGAAGAAGAUAGCAAAUGAGAUGUUGAAAGAAUUCAAACGUCUCUACCGCGAACUUCAGUCAUCCUACACAAACCUGUUCAAGAAAGAGCUAAAUGAAUACCUGGAGAAUUUUGAGUUUGGAACAAAGUUUGUGAGCGAGAAUUUUGCAAUGGUAAAUGUGUUCUUGCAACAGAUGCAUUUGGAACGAUGGAGCCAAGAUAAUACCUAUGGUUUUUGGAGUCUCGCCUGUGAGUGUUUAAAGGCAAAUUUUAAGAACCCCUUUUUACAUUUGUUCAGGUGAUA